AUGGAUCCAGAAGAACCCUCAGGGUAUUUGGAUUAUUUCUAUACUACAAGUCAGAAUCCUGCAACUGAGAGCAACUCCCAUGUUUCUUACACAACAGUCUUGCUUCCCAUCCUUUACGGUGCCAUGUUUCUGGUUGGAGUGUUGGGCAACCUCGCCUUGAUGGGAGCUUUGCAUUUCAAAAGGAGCAAUGGAAGACUGAUUGACAUCUUCAUCUUCAACCUGGCUGCCUCAGAUUUUAUUUUCCUGGUCACGUUGCCUCUCUGGGUGGACAAAGAAGCAUCUGUAGGACAGUGGAGAACAGGCUCUUUCUUGUGCAAAGGUAGCUCCUACGUGAUCUCAGUGAACAUGCACAGCAGUGUCUUCCUGCUCACUUGCAUGAGUGUUGAUCGCUACCUGGCCAUCAUAUUUCCAGCCACAUCCAGGAAAUUCAGAAGGAGAGAGUGUGCCUAUAAAGUCUGUGUCAGUAUCUGGAUUAUCUCCUGCCUUCUGGGGUUGCCUAUUCUUUUGUCCCGAGAGCUCACUUUUAUUGAUGGCAAGCCAUACUGCGCAGAGAAGAAGGCUUCUUUCAUCAAGCUGACCUGGGCUCUGGUGGCCUUAAUUUUCACCUUUUUUGCUCCUUUGGUGAGCAUCUUGACCUGCUACUGUUGUAUUAUGAGGAAGUUGUUUGUCCAUUACCAGCAGUCGGGAAAGCAUAACAAAAAACUGAGGAAAUCCAUGAAGAUCAUCUUGAUUGUGGUGGCUGCCUUUGUCUUCUCUUGGCUGCCCUUUAACACUUUUAAGCUCCUGUCCAUUAUUUUAGGGUUGCAUCAAAAGCAAGAGCAAGAGCCCCACUUUACCUCACACUUUCUCAAGCUAGCUAUGGAGGUGAGUGGGCCCUUGGCCUUUGCCAAUAGUUGUGUCAACCCUUUCAUUUACUAUAUCUUUGACAGUUAUAUCCGCAGGGCUAUUGUGCAUUGCUUUUGUUCUUGCCUGAAGAACUCUGACUUUGGGAGUAGUACUGAAACAUCAGAUACUCACUUCUCUCAUGUUUUCUCCAACUAUGUUUAUUCAGAAGAUCUUGUCAGAAGGAGGAAGAGGUCUAGGUCCCUCUAA